AUGUCGAGUAUCGUUAAUCUGUCCCUCGACCGACCCUGCCUUUCAUGGACCUGUUGUGCUUCGCCAUGCACAUACUUCCGGUACGUAUUUAUUAAGGUGGGCCUUGUGGCUCAGUGGCUUGCACUACCCUCCCCCUUUAACCCUCCCCCUGGUGCUAGGAUGCAGCGUCCCACACUACAGAACACUCGCGUUAGGUCCACCCGUGACGCCCUUCAAGUCUUCUAUGCUGUCGCACGAAACGCUCUUCCUCUUAUCACUCGCCGUCUCGAUGCCGAGGAACGGAGGGCUAUAGCCCCUGGCAAUGUAUACGUAUGGGAGGAGCGAGGUGCCAACACUGAGGCCACCGGGUUGGGCAUGGAACGAUGGACUGAUGGGAUGGGAUGGGGUCCGAGCAGGGUUCGAGAUGAAUUCCUGUUCUACCACCAAAAGGAAUUCGAUGUGGGCGACGACGCAAUUAACCCAGUCACACCUUGGGCGCAGAUGAUAAGGGUGUAUCCUUCAUCACACUCCCGCGGCGGAGAAACUGAACGCCUAAUAAAGCAAACGUACAGCGUUCACGUUUUCCUUCCGACUGAUCGCCCUCACGGAGUGACCCGCAAGUGGCAUCUAACCGCUUAUUUCAGUCAAAGUAAACUCGAUUCUUUGCAGACGAUCGACAAUAUCAGAGGCGUUGGCGACGUGCUUGUUCCAGACGGUUGGUUCAGAAGUGCCCGAGCCACUAAGGCACGGAGAGACAACCGCGAGAUAUCUGGGGGCCCAUCUUCACCAUCUGGUGACGCGGCCGUCGAUCCACCAGAACCAAAUGACUCGUUUUCCCACCGCCUGCCGUCUCAAUCACGCCGUUCCCAUCUACCACCCUAUAGCGAACCUACAUCUCGCCAGGAGCUUCGACCCUCGCCGAAAGCGAUGGCGACACGCUCGAAAUCUUCGAGUCCUCCAUCAGGGCUCUCACAGCUUGCCCCGGGGGGCCAGCUCGUCCCUCUUGAAUACCUCCAAAGUAUUUCCUAUCCUCGGCGAGACCCCACGGACGAACAACUUCUGCGGAAGUUCACAAUGCAGAAUUAUUGA